GCAGGUUCUGGGCUCACACAGGAGAAAUCCUCUCCGCUUUGGACUCAUUCCGUAUUUUAUAAAGUCCAGCAGCAGGAUAAAAUUUCUCUCUUUCUACAUGAAGACUGUCAGCCGGUCUCCGGUUUGCUUGAGUUGGACAAAGUCCUCUUUACGGAGUCAUUUAACUCUCCUGUCCUUCCCCUCCACCUCCUCUCUGAAUGGUUUAAAGUUACACUGCCUGCCAGACUUUACCUGUUCAGGUGAACUGCACUGCCGAAAGUGAAUGUUGCUAAUGAAGCCAUCUCUCCUUUGCUAAUGACCUCCUUACCAGCUCUAACAUGGCAUCCCAAGUGUUCUCCAAAUGAGUAUCCAGGAGCAGAGUACAUACCCUGAAGUUGCCACGGCAAUGGCUGAAGCAUCAGCUCCACCUCUUUCCCCUUCAGACUAUGGAUCAUUGUCUCCGACUCCUGAACUGUGCGCAUCAUGUGGCCACAGUCAUCAGUUGGAAGAGAACCAUGAGUACCUUUACGAGGAUGAAGUGGACGAUGACCUCAUCUGUCACAUCUGUCUGCAGCCACUCAUCAAGCCUCUGGACACGCCCUGCGGACAUACUUAUUGCCAAGAGUGUCUCACCAGCUUCCUGCUGGAGAGUGACUUCUGUCCUGUGUGCCGUGAACCCCUCAUGCUGCAGACCUGCAGGAAGCCCAGCCUUCUGGUCCACAAGCUGCUGGAGAAGCUGUCCGUGGCUUGUCCCUUCACUGACCAUUGCACUGAAACAAUGCCCCGUGGUCAACUGGAAGACCACAUCAAGUUCAGGUGUAAAGGAGCCUCUCACUAUGGGCUCUCAGCAGACAGAAAGCGACGCUCGCAGGAGGGCGAAUGCACUGACAGCACCUCAGAACUCACCAUUGCCACCCUGCCCAAUGAUGGCCCCACUUCUGCUGCUGUGGCCCUCCUGUCAGAUGAACCUGGUCUGGUCAACCCUGCCUUUGACCCCAGCAUGGAGGAUAAUAGUCAGUCAGGCAGCACGACUAGCCUGGCUGCUCGGAGUAGCACAAAGAAGAGUGAGUUCAGAAAUUUUGAUCGCUCUUCAGUGAGGAGUCGCUCCUUCAGAAGGUUGAACAGGGCCUUCAGCGUCUUGAGGAGGACUAAGAGUGGCAACGCUGUUAGCAAUGAGACAUCUGAGGAAAGAGACAAUGCCAGAAAUUCCAGUGUGCCACAGGAAGUGGUGGCUCUUCCUCAGCUCCAUCACCUGAUCCCUGAUGGUGAAGUUACCAGUAUUAAGAUCACGCGGGUGGAUCCCUCAGAGCCACUGGCCAUUAGCAUCGUCGGUGGCAAUGAAACCCCUUUAGUUCGCAUUCUAAUCCAGGAUAUCUACAGAGAAGGUGUCAUUGCUCGGGAUGGACGCUUGCUUCCCGGGGACAUGAUCCUCAAGGUAAACGGCAUUGACAUUAGCAACGUGCCCCACUGCUUUGCUGUGACCACCCUCAAACAGCCGUGCCAACUCCUCCGGCUAACCGUGCUCAGAGAACAGCGGCAUCGCUACCGUUCGCAUUCGCAUGGCCACCCACAUGGCCACAUCACUGGGGGCCACCCAUCACACGGCCUACCCCAUCAUCCCUUGAGAGAUGAUAGCAUCCAUGUGGUCCUGAACAAAAGUGCUCCAGAGGAACAGCUGGGCAUUAAGCUCGUGAGGCGGCCAGAGGAGCAUGGAGUGUAUAUCUUUCACCUGCUGGAGGGUGGACUAGCUGCACGUGAUGGGCAACUGUGCAUUGGUGACCGCGUGCUUGCCAUCAACGGGCACGAUCUACGUUAUGGCGCACCAGAGCACGCUGCUCUACUCAUUCAGGCAAGUGAAGAGCGCGUCCAUUUCAUAGUGUCUCGUCAGAUCUGCCUGCCCACUCCAGACCUCAUACAAGAAGAUCCGUGGGGCAUGGAUGGUCCCCCACCAUAUUCCCCUGUGGAUCUAGAGCAAACACUGCUGGACUCUUGUCAAAAGCCUGCAUGUUAUGAGAAGACAGUAAGUCUAAAUAAGGAGCCGCAUGACUCUCUGGGUAUGACAGUGGCGGGCGGCAUGUCCAGCCGAGGGUGGGACCUCCCCAUCUACGUUACAAAUGUGGACCCUGAUGGAGUGGUGGGACAAGAGGGCUCCAUACGCAAAGGUGACAUUUUGUUAAAUGUGAAUGGCAUGGAUUUGACAGGGGUAACACGAGGUGAGGCCGUGGCCAAUUUGAAGAACACCUCCUCUCCUGUUGUGCUCAAGGUUUUGGAGAUGCGUCCUCCAGAGGACUUUGUGCAAGAUUGCACAUUGCCACCUUGUCUUACGCCAUCACCUACAGACAGCAUCAAGAGCCCGGUGCCUAAUGACGAUUACUCCCCACUGUGGGUGUCAUGGCUGCAGCUACCCAGGCAUCUCUACUGCUGCAAAGACAUCGUCCUGCGGCGGAGCACUUCGGGCAGCCUGGGCUUCAGUAUUGUUGGAGGUCAGGAAGAGGUCAACUGCAAUCAAUCCUUUUUCAUCCGCUCGAUUGUGGAGGGGACACCAGCUUACAAUGAUGGCAGGAUAAGGUGUGGGGACAUCCUGCUUGAGGUGAAUGGAAAGAGUACUUGGGGGAUGACACACACAGCACUGGUUCGCCUUCUGAAGGAGCUCCGUGGCAGAAUCACCCUGACCAUAGUGUCCUGGCCUGGUAGCCUGCUGUAGCAGUGCUUUAAGCCAUCCAGCACUGUUUCGGUGGCAGUGACCAAGGAAUGUCAAAGGCAGAGCUUUAGUCUGGCUGACUACCUAAUUUUGCUGUGAGGGAGAAGCUUAGAAUAGUCGUGUAGCUGUUUGGAUACCUCACGUCUGAUGGACAGCCGUGACUUCGGCAGGAGUUUGGAAGGACAUAAGACUGGAUUGUUACCAGAGGUUAACGUGCCCCUCAGAAAAUGCUGAACUGGGAGGAUCCAGGCUUGAGACACUUUUAACUAAGAUGUUGGGUGUUAUCAGUUUAGAGGACAUGAUCAUUCUCUGGCAUCGAGUGGGAGUACCGACAGGAGACACAACAUGUUGCCAAUUCCAGUAGUUAUAUGUUAGGAUAUGCGUUAAGUUGGACUCACAUUUCUCUACUGUAACUGUUGGGUGUCUAAAAAAGAUCCAAGCACUUGUAAUAUGUUUAUUUUGUUUGUUUGUUGUAUGGCCUUUUAAUGUAGGCUUUAUUCUGUUUGUACUGACAGUGGUUGUCAUCUUCAUCUGUUGAUCUGAAGACACGUUGCCAAGUAGUAGUCUGUGAGGUUUUUUAUGUUAUGUCAGAAGCUAUGGCUAAACUAUCAAACCGCUGGCAAAGAAAAUAUAUGAAAAAAUAAAGGAUUAAUGUGUUCAUAACAUGUUAAAAGAUAUUUAAUUAGAUAACAGUGUGGAGGCCUUACUAAUUUUCUUACAUUUAAGAAAAAAAAUGACUUGGUUUCUGUGUAUCAGUGGAAGGGCUGAGGCCCAUCUACUGCAGUUCUAUCUGUCACGCUUCGGCCUGUGUAGUACAUCUGAUGGUACAUUUGGUUAACUGAUCAAUAAAAUCAUUUGAAAAAUUG